UUUGGGUGGGUUUAAUUAAGUGGGAAAAAGGAGGGAAAAAAGUGGUCCCUUAUUUUUUUUGUUUUUGGGUGGGCUAAAGUAAGUGGGAAAAAGGUGGAAAAUUGAGGGCCCCUUUUAUGAGUGGGAAAAAGGUGAAAAAUUGAGUGUAAUUAAAAGAUGUUAAACAAAAUUAAAAAAUAAAAGUAAGGGUAAGGUGGUCUUUUUACUCUUUAAAAUUUACUAAAAGAGGAAAGAAAAAAAUUUGUUGCACAUAAUAGAGAGCAUCCAUUUAUGUCAAAUGUUGCAGAUAAUUGUGGACGGAGGGAGUAUUUUAAAGCUAAGUUAUGUUAAAUUAUUGUGUUUAUAGUUUAUACGAACCAAAAUUAAAAUCAAACUUUUUUAAAAUCAGGUCAAAUCAUAUCGAUCAGCUGAGUUUUUAACACCUAUGCUCCGUAACUUCUACUCACAUGGCUAAAUCCAAGUCCAAUUAAAACACCUCUCACAUCUCAAUCUAUACUAGUCUAUAAAUACCUUGGCAGUUUACUCACCUUAACUUUCUUCUACACCCAUCACUCUAUAAGCCUCCCUUCCGUUUCUCUCUCUUCACUACGUCAGAUUUUCGUAACAGUAUUCCCCUGACGCCGCCUUUCGGAGAGUUGUGUGAGAACUUGGUUUUUUCAUUCCAACAAUCACAUUUUUCUUGAGUUUGGUAUAUUUUAUUUCUGAGAUGACUUGUGAGAGUCUUGACCCACCUGAGGGUGAUAAAGAACCGUUCGAGGAGCUUGAUCCUACUGGCCGGUUUGGUCGGUAUGCUGAUCUUCUUGGAGCAGGAGCUGUGAAGAGAGUGUAUCGAGCUUUCGAUCAGGAGGAAGGAAGAGAGGUUGCUUGGAACCAGGUGAAGCUAAAGAAUUUCAGCCAAGACCCGUCAGUGAUUGAUCGACUUGUAAAGGAAGUUCAGCUGCUGAGCAAGCUUCGGAACAACAAUAUCAUCACUUUAUAUCAUGUUUGGAGACAUGUUGAGCAUAACACACUGAACUUCAUUACUGAGAUUUGCACGUCAGGGAACCUGAGAGAGUACCGAAAGAAGCACCGUCAUGUGUCGAUUAGAGCUUUGAAGAAAUGGUCGAAGCAGGUACUCAAGGGUUUGGAGUACCUGCAUACACUUGAACCCUGUGUUAUACACAGGGACCUUAAUUGCAGCAACAUAUUUAUAAACGGCAAUGUUGGCGAGGUGAAAAUCGGUGACUUUGGCUUGGCAGCAAUAGUGGGUAAGAGCCAUGUAGCACACUCAAUACUGGGUACACCAGAAUACAUGGCACCAGAGCUGUAUGAGGAAGACUACACAGAAGUGGUUGACAUAUACUCUUUUGGGAUGUGUUUGCUGGAGAUGGUGACUAUGGAAAUUCCUUACUGCGAGUGUGAUAGUAUUGCCAAGAUAUACAAGAGGGUGACUACUGGAAUUAAGCCCCAGUCUUUCAACAAGGUGAACGAUCCAGAGGUGAAGGCGUUCAUUGAUAAGUGCAUAGCAAAGCCUAGGGAAAGACCCUCUGCCUCUGAACUCCUCAAGGACCCGUUUUUCGCAGAAGUGGAUGAUGAUGAUGAUAGUAACAACUUCGCAGAAGUUGAUGGUGAUAGUAUCAACUUCGCAGAAGUUGAUGAUGAUGAUGAUAGUAACAACAACAGCUCGUUGUAAUUUUGCAACUGGUUAAUUGAUCAAUUUGACGAAGCAUGUAUAUAAAGUCAAAGUAGCCAAGUGUCUCAAACUAUGGAUUGAUGACCAAUAAUGUUAUUGUUCAUGUAUGCAGCAAUUAAUUAGGAUUUAUCGUUGGUAUAAUGCCACAACAAGAUCUGAAUAGAAAAUUAGAAAUGCAUUUUUCGGAUUUGAGUGAAUCACAAGUUUAGGAAAAGGCA